UGACGUUUAUUUGGAGCUGGCCAUUUGACAGUUGACAUUAAUUAAAAAGUAACCUCACAUUUGCAAUGAAGUGAAAAACUACUAACAAAAAUUAAACAAAAUGUUGAACACGUUUAAAUCUCUUUCGACUGGAAUUGGGAAAGUGUGGUUACCUGAAAUAUUACAAGUCCGUUUCCGAUAUCAUGCAGAUAAGGUAGCAAGAGGGCCAUUACUUCGACGGUACGGUUAUGAAGAGCGCAUUUUACAAAGUGGAACUUUGCCUCGAGUAAAAGGUGCCGAGAGAUUAUCUAUGCCAAUGUACAGACCAAAAGACGCUUGGUCUGAAAAAAGAGCCCUAUUUGGACAGAACGAUUACAUAGAUAUCUUGGGUAAUGAACGCCUACACCCUUCAAGGAUUUUAUACAACGUGCCUCCAUGGUUGAGAGGAGUUAAUGGUAACGAAUAUCAGGUGAUGCUUAGAAAAAGAAAAAUGUUGAGUCAGACGGCGUAUCCCAUAGCAAGACCGACGAAAUGGUACCAACUAGACAAACGCAUUAGAUAUUUAUACCAGUUUUUAAAUAGAAAAACAAACACUGUGUAAGUCGGAAUUAGAAAUAAACAGUUUACAACGGUAAAAA